CAUACGUGACUGCUAUGAGCGCUGUAUCGACCGCUGUGGUUGUGGUAUGUCUGGUUGAGCGACCCCCCCACCCUCCUGCUGCUGUAACCCGCCGGUGGUCGGUUCAUGACUGAGCCCAAAGGUGGCCUCGGGUGGAAGAUCUGACCUCCUCUUCUUCCUCUUCCUCCUCCUCGGUACCCGGGUUCAGGACCGUGGACAGCUCCCUGCCUCCACCCUUAAACCGCCGCCCGCGUGUGUUUCAGAUGGUCAAACAAGAAGUGGGACAGCAAGAAGUCGGCUGCACUCCGAGCACAUGAGAGACUGCAGUUUGGGAGAUUUUACCUCUUUGGUUUUUUUUUACACCCAAGCGACGGAUGUGACAGUGUUGAAGAGGGUUGGAGAGUGUUUCUGGAGUCGGGGAAACGCCGCUGAAACACAAUGAUCUCUCGAUAUAAACCGAGUCCCGGUUCCACCAUGUCCUUGGCAUUCUGUGGGAACGAGAAUAACUCGGUGGCCUACAACGUGGACGGAGGGGUUCUGAACAACGGCUGUUUCCUGGAUGCGCUCAAUGUGGUGCCACAUGUCUUCCUCCUCUUUAUCACCUUCCCCAUCCUCUUCAUCGGCUGGGGCAGCCAGAGUUCAAAGGUUCACAUCCACCACAGCACCUGGCUUCACUUCCCUGGUCACAACCUGCGCUGGCUCCUCACCUUUGUCCUGCUCUUCAUCCUCGUCUGUGAGAUCGCAGAGGGCAUCGUCUCUGAUGGGUUCAGCCAAUCCCACCAUCUUCACCUGUACAUGCCUGCAGCUCUGGCCUUCAUGGCUGGCAUCACCUCUAUUGUCUACUAUCAUAACAUCGAGACCUCCAACUUCCCCAAACUACUACUGGCCCUGCUGAUCUACUGGGUGCUGGCCUUUAUUAUGAAGACCAUCAAGUUCGCCAAGUAUACCGAGCAUGGCAUCGGCCCCAGGCAGUUACGCUAUUGCAUCACUGGACUGCUGGUGCUGCUGUAUGGACUCCUGCUAGCUGUGGAAAUCAAUGUCAUACUGGGAAGGCGCUACAUGUGUUUUGCCAACCCGACAGAGGUGAAGCCCCCCGAGGACCUCCAGGACCUGGGUGUUCGUUUUCUGCAGCCCUUUGUCAACCUGUUGUCCAAAGCCACCUACUGGUGGAUGAACACCUUCAUCACCAACGCUCACAGAAGACCCAUCGACCUCAAGGUCAUCGGCAAACUGCCCAUUGCCAUGAGAGCCCUCACCAACUACAUAAAGCUACGCAAGGCCUUCGAAGACCAGAAGAGGCCUCAGGGCACAGCACCCCAGGGCCCGAAGUUGAUCUGGGAAGCCUUGAGGAAAGCGUUCGGCAGACCCCUCAUCCUCAGCAUCACAUUCCGUUUCCUGGCCGACCUGCUUGGCUUCGCCGGCCCACUGUGCAUCUCCGGCAUCGUCCAUCACAUCAGCAAGGACAACCGCACCAUUCAGCAGCCGAUGAGGUUGAUGGGGAUCUAUUUCAUUUCCUCCAAGGAGUUUCUGGAGAAUGCAUAUGUGCUGGCUGUGCUGCUCUUCUUUGCCCUGCUCCUGCAAAGGACCUUCCUCCAGGCCUCCUACUAUGUGGCUAUUGAAACAGGCAUUAACCUGCGUGGCGCCAUACAGACAAAAAUCUACAACAAGAUCAUGCGUCUGUGCACUUCCAACAUGUCCAUGGGGGAGUUAACUGUCGCUCAGAUUUGUAACCUGGUUGCCAUAGAUACCAACCAGCUCAUGUGGUUCUUCUUUCUCUGUCCUAACUUGUGGGCAAUGCCAGUACAGAUUAUUGUGGGAGUGAUCCUGCUCUACUACCUCUUGGGAAUCAGUGCCUUGAUUGGAGCGACCGUCAUUGCUGUGUUAGCUCCUGUACAAUACUUUGUGGCCACUAAGCUGUCCCAAACUCAAAAGAGCACCCUGGAAUAUUCCAGCAAACGUCUAAAGAAGACCAACGAGCUGCUGCGAGGCAUCAAGCUGCUGAAGCUAUAUGCUUGGGAACAUAUCUUCUGUGACAGUGUGGAGGAGACCAGAGACAAAGAGCUCACCAGCCUGCAGGCCUUCGCUCUUUACACAUCUAUAUCCAUUUUCAUGAAUGCAGCUAUUCCCAUUGCAGCUGUAUUGACGACGUUUGUGGUUCAUGUUCACAUCUCCGAAGAUGCUGAUCUGUCCCCAGCUGUGGCCUUUGCCUCUCUGUCCCUCUUUCACAUCCUGGUCACGCCCCUCUUCCUGCUCUCCAGUGUGGUGCGCUCCACUGUCAAGGCUCUUGUUAGCGUUCAGAAGCUCAGUGAGUUUUUCUCAAGCGAUGAGAUCGGAGACGAACAGGAGCCCAGAACGAUGGUAACCUCUGGCUCCAGCAAUCACAACCAAAACAAAUACCAAGCUGUGUCAUCCUCUAAACCUUCAUCCUCCUCCUCGUCUUUGUUCCGACACCUCAAGCCCCUUAAGGUGGUGAACCGGAAGCGCCCCCCGAGGGACGACUGGAACAACUACAGCUCACAAGGGGACCAUGAGGGUGAUGGACCCUAUAAGGACGUGGACCAAGACAUCUGUAUAAAGAUAACUAAUGGUUAUUUCACCUGGACCGAUGGACCACCAACACUUUGCAAUGUGGACAUCAAGAUUCCUUUUGGGAAGCUGACUAUGAUUGUGGGCCAGGUGGGUUGUGGGAAAUCAUCUCUUUUGCUCGCAGCGCUGGGAGAGAUGCAGAGGGUAUCAGGAACAGUCACCUGGAACAGCCUGCCAAACUUGGAGUCUGAAGGAGAUGAAAGUCCCACAGACAGAGAUGUAGCUGGUGAUGGAGAAAUCAGGAAGAGAGGCGCUGUGGCCUACGCUUCCCAGAAGCCCUGGCUGUUGAAUGCAACAGUGGUGGAGAACAUCACCUUUGAGAUGCCCAUGAUAAAACCGAGGUACAAAGCUGUCAUCGAGGCAUGCUCUCUUCAACCUGACAUCGACAUCCUUCCACAGGGGGACCAGACAGAGAUCGGGGAGCGGGGUAUCAUCCUGUCAGGUGGACAGAAACAGCGGAUCAGUGUAGCCAGAGCCUUGUACCAACAGACCCAUGUGGUCUUUCUGGAUGACCCAUUCUCUGCUUUAGACAUCCAUCUGAGUGACCAUCUGAUGCAGGAUGGCAUCCUCAAGCUCCUGAGAGAGGAGAAGAGGACGGUGGUGUUGGUCACACACAAACUUCAGUAUUUACCACACGCAGAUUGGAUCAUCGCCAUGAAAGACGGCACAAUCCAGACUGAGGGGACUCUAAAAGACAUCCAGAAAUCUGACUCUGAACUCUUUGAGCAGUGGAAAACCCUGAUGCACAGACAGGACCAUGAGUUUGAGACGCAGACGGAGGCAGCCAGUAUGACAGAUAUGGAGAGGAAGAACCUGCGGAGGGCCAUGUACUCCAGAGAGGCUGCCCGUACUGAAGAAGAAGACGAGGAAGGUGGCACCCCUGAGUGGACUUGUGAGAUGGCUCCAGCACCUGGUGCUGCCUUCGUGUUCGAUCGAGCAGAGGAAUCCGUGGAGAGUGAUGAUGACGACAACCUGUCGCAGGUAAUGCGUCAGCGUGCCACCAUCCCCUGGCGCUCCUGCGGCACCUACCUGUCCUCCGCUGGGCUCCUCCUGCUCUCCCUGCUCCUCCUGUCACAGCUCCUCAAACACUCCCUCAUGGUUGCCAUCGACUACUGGCUGGCACACUGGACGUCACACGUCAUCAUGGCCAAGAUCGAGGCUACAGCUCGUAACUGUACUAUCGUUCAGGAGUGUGGCUUCAGUCACUCGUGGUAUCUGUCGGUGUUCAGUGUGCUGUGUUGCCUGGGCAUCGUCCUGUGUCUGGCCACCUCUGUGGCUGUGGAGUGGACCGGCCUCAAAGUGGCCAAGGAGCUCCACCACGAUCUGCUCAACAAGAUCAUCCUGGCCCCCAUGAGGCUGUUUGAGACGACCCCGCUCGGCAGCAUCCUCAACAGGUUCUCCACAGACACAAACACAAUCGACCAGCACAUCCCCACCACCCUGGAGUGCCUCUCCCGCUCCACACUGCUGUGCGUGUCCGCCCUGGGCGUCAUCUCCUACGUGACCCCCGUUUUCCUCAUUGCCCUCCUGCCGCUGGCUGUCGCCUGCUAUUUCAUCCAGAAGUACUUUCGGAUGGCCUCCAGGGACCUGCAGCAGUUGGAGGACAGCACCCAGCUCCCUUUGCUCUGCCACUUCUCUGAGACAGUGGAAGGCCUCACCACUAUCAGAGCCCUCAGGUACGAGCCCAGGUUCAGACAGAGGUUACUGCAGUUCACAGAUGCCAACAACAUUGCCUCUCUCUUCCUCACGGCAGCCAACCGUUGGCUGGAGGUCCGCAUGGAGUACAUUGGAGCCUGUGUGGUGUUAGUGGCAGCUGUAGCCUCCAUCACUAACUCUCUCUACAACCAGCUGUCCACUGGUCUGGUGGGACUGGGACUGACGUAUGCACUCAUGGUAUCCAACUACAUGAACUGGAUGGUGCGUAACCUGGCAGACAUGGAAGUACAGCUUGGCUCAGUCAAGAGGAUUAACGGCCUGCUCAAAACUGAACCAGAGAAUUACGAAGGACUGCUCAGUGUGUCUCAGGUCCCUGAGGGCUGGCCCCGAGAGGGAGAGAUCAAAAUCCAGAAUCUGAGUGUCCGAUACGACGCCACACUGAAACCUGUGCUGAAAAAUGUCAACGCCCACAUCAGCCCUGGGCAGAAGGUGGGAAUCUGUGGCAGGACAGGCAGCGGCAAAUCCUCUUUCUCCUUGGCCUUCUUUCGCAUGGUGGACAUGUUUGAGGGGAGGAUUGUGAUCGAUGACAUCGACAUCGCCAAGCUGCCUCUGCAGACCCUCAGGUCUCGCUUGUCCAUCAUCCUUCAAGACCCCAUCCUGUUCAGCGGCGCCAUCCGGUUCAACCUUGACCCAGAGAUGAAGGUGACAGACGAGAUGCUCUGGGAAGCUCUGGAGAUCGCUCAGCUGAAGCCUGUUGUUAAAUCCCUUCCAGGAGGCCUGGAUGCCAUGGUGACGGAGGGAGGAGAAAACUUCAGUCAGGGUCAGAGACAGCUGUUCUGUUUGGCCAGAGCCUUUGUCAGGAAGAGCAGCAUCCUCAUCAUGGACGAAGCCACUGCGUCCAUAGACAUGGCAACGGAGAGCAUCCUGCAGAAAGUGGUGAUGACUGCUUUUGCUGACCGAACUGUGGUUACUAUAGCACAUCGCGUCCACACCAUCCUGAAUGCCGACCUGGUGAUUGUGAUGAAGCGGGGGAUCAUCCUGGAGUACGACAGGCCCCAGGCCCUGCUGGAGAAGAAGGACAGUGCAUUCACCUCCUUCGUGCGAGCAGACAAGUAGCUCAGGAGGAGAGAGGAGAAGCAGGCAUUAGAGGAAGACAUUCAAAGUGCAAUUGUCUCAUGGAAUAUAUUCAUUUUAUUUUUUAAUCAUGUAUAAUAUUUGUACAUAAAAAAGUUAAUUCUUUGUUAAUAAAACAUAAAUUAUCAGUCAUA